AUGCAGGGGCCGAUGAACUGCAGCGAAAGCCUCCGAAUCCAGGUCCUCCUGAGCCGGCUCUGGCAGGAGCUGCACGGAGGCGGCGGCGGCGGCGCUGCUCCCAAUGCCAUCCGCAGAGGCAGCAGCCUCCUCGACGACUCACUCCCGGCGCCAAGCCAGGCGACAGCGGAGGGCAGCAAAGCGGGCGCAGACGACGCUUACCUGUACAUCUUGCUCAUCAUGAUAUUCUACGGCUGCCUGGCCGGGGGCCUGAUCCUGGCCUACACGCGCUCCAGGAAGCUGGAGUCCAAGCACGACCCUUACCACUUGUACAUCGAGAGCGACUGGACGGCGAGAGCGGGAAGCCUGGGAAGGGGCGCAGGAGGACCAGGAGCGAAGCUGGCGGUGGCGGCCGGGGAGCCUAGCCUGGGCGAGGGGAUGCCGGCGGCUGCCGGCGGGGAGAGGGGGAGCAGCGGUGACGACAGCGAGCAUCUGUGA